CCAGGCUGCUGCACCUCAUCCUCACUCUGAUUAUUCUGAUCUCUGAGUUUUCAACAUGUCGACGGCUCUGAUGCUGCAGGAGGAUUCCACCAACAGCUCAGUGAAAAACACGACCGGAGCUCAUGACUGGACUGAGGUGUAUGAAGCCGUCAGGUGGAUCCAGCUGGUCAUGGCUCUGCUCAGUGUUCUGGGUUCAGGCUCCAUCAUCAUCUGUGUGCUGUUACAGAGACUCAGUCGGAGGCCAGAGCUGCAGCCUCUGUUCCUGCUCAGUGUGUCCGACCUGCUGCUCGCUCUCUGCUGGCUGAUCGGAGCUGCUGUGUACUCUACACACUGCAACAGCCUCAACACACACUGCUACAACCUGCACACUGUGGAACAGAUUCUCUACAUGGCCUCCUUCUUCUACACACUCAACUACAUGUGGAACCUCUACUCAGGAAUCAGAGAGAAGUUCUACAGCUGCCUCGACGGAUACUCUGUACAGUUUUCCAACAGAGUGAGCACAGCUGGAAAAAUCACUGCUGUUUCCUCAGGUCUGAUUCCUGUGCUGCUGAUGGCGCCGGUGUUCAUCGGAGGAAACAUCAGCCAGUGUCAAGCCAACUUCAGUCAGCCCUACAGGUGUCUGCUGAUGGACACUGGAGCCCUGUACCUGACCUCAGAGCACCAGCAGCCAAUCAGAGCCUGCAGGGCGCUUCACACCUACGGCAUCUCCGUCUUCCUCGCCACCUUCAUCGUCACACUCCUCAGCAUCACGGUGUUCGUGGUGAAAGCUCGUCGUAUUUACAGGCGGGUCGUGACGUCAAACGGUUACCUAGGCAACCAGCAGCGGACAUCCUUCCGUGUGAUGGACCGACGGAUGCUCCUGUACCCGCUGGUCUUCGUCCUCUGCUGGGGUCCAGCGGUGGGUCUGGCCUUCCUGCGGGUGGUGAAGCCCUCGCUGUGUCAGGGCAAGGCCGGGGUCGUCCUCUACAUCUCACAGGCUCUGACCUCGGCCUCUCAGGGUUUCCUCAACUGUCUGGUCUACGGAUGGACGCACGCACGUCUCCGCCAAGCCGGCAGGACGGUUUUAUCCCGGGACGUGGACACUCAGACGCCUCUGCUGCGAUCGCAGAAGAGAAGCUACCAAACGCUGCCCAACAUCAGCUGAGAGACAGACUGAGACUGAGGAGGUGCUUUCUGUCAUCGGAGAGGAAAGUCUGAACUUUCACUUUACUGAGAGGGAAACCACCACGAUCGUUACUCUGCAGGCGACAAACACUUCCACCUCUGAUUCUGAACCACUGAGGCGAGAAAAAGGGAAGAAGAAGAGGGAGGGGGAGUUUACGCCAAGAGGAAGAACGACAAAGAAAACAGGAUUUGAAAGAGACGUGGCAGCGUUCACUGAGCGCUGACAAACCUCACAGGUGCUUUGUCUUAUUGUUCUUAUCCAGGUCACAUGACCCCUGGUGGUCAGUCUCUGUACAGUGGAAAAUAUGACCGAGACAUGAAGGAAGAAGCUCCAACUUAAAUCAACUGAUUUCACCUCUUCAGUCUGUGGACAGACAUUAUAUCUGAAGUAGUUUUAGACUGAAAACUAAUUAAAUAUCAAGUCUUUUUACAGUUUCAUCCUGAGAUUAAAACCUCUUUGUUUUCAACCUUUAAAAGCCCAUAAACAUUUCAUAUUAAGAUGAAAAGGUGCAUUGAAUAAGUGACUGUGACUGAGGCGGUCAGGUUUGAUCAUGAAGCUCAGUUCUGUCCUUAUCUCGCACACAAAGGGAAGUUUGAGGUCUGAGCUUCAAGAGAAUUGAGGACCUGAGGCUUUUUUGAAAGGACUCUUUGUCUGUGAUAUUUGUUUGCAUCUUUGUUUUUAAUCAGUAACUGAGUUUUUAAAGACAAAUUCAGUCUCACUUCUGUUUUGUCCUGCUGUUUGACGCUCUGCACGCCGUGCUUUCUGCUUCCCAGAGACCAAAACAUUUUAACAAGACCUGAAGGUCAGAGGUCACAGGGAACCAGAGUGUACAGACCUGAUGAGGAGCUGAUGAAGCAGUUAAUGAAUCAGACCUCUGAGUCUUUUUACUCUGACCUGAGUUCCUCCCUCGUAGCUGCCGACCAACCGUGCAGAAACUCUGAGCCGCGUGUUCAUUCACAGAGAUGGCGGCUGACGCAGGAGCCGGGCCUCACUCAUUAUGUGAUGUGGUGGUGGUGGUGGGGGGGUUCAACCAGGACCUGCAGAACACUGAGUUUCCUCUUCACUCAGACCUCAGCUCUGAAAUACUGAAGUUCAAAACGUCACAGCAGGAAACUGAGAAUCAGAACCAACGUGUACGAAAUGAAAUGUCAGCUCCUUCUGUUUCUGUUCUGUGGCCACAGAUAUCACACAACAAUGAUCUGUACAGGGAAAGUAACUACACCAGUAAUCUGAGUUCAAGACACUUCCCACUUCUACUGCACAUUUUACCUCAGGAACUUUCCUGCCUGGUGCAGACUCAGAUUAACGACACCAAAUAUAAUCAACACAAAAACAUUAAGCUUCUCAGCAGAACAUCAGUUCUGAUGAACACACAUGAAGUCAUAAACGAUCUGUUAACCAUAAAAACAAAGUACAUCUCAUCAGAUAUGAAGAAAAUAUGCAGUGACAUUAACUGACUUUGUGUUAAAACCUUUCCUAAAUAUGAUUGAUUUUCCUCAUAUUUCUAUAGCACAUUUAUGUUUGUCAUAAAGAGGCACGUUAAUCUGCAGAAGCUUUUUAACAUCAGAACGACUGAGAGCCUUUUUCAUCAAAGUGGUUUUAACUAGUCACAGUAACAUCAGUGAUCAUUUUGGUGUCAUUAAAGCAGAACAGUGUGAACCUGAGCCAACGUGCACAAAACCAGAAGCUCCAUGAAACUGAGGCAGCUAAAUGGAAUUCAGCCAUCAUUCUCUUCAUCAUUCACUCCUGCUGUCUGUCCAUACUUUUAGUUUUAAAAAUGUCUUUUCUUGCCUUUUAUGGGAAAAUCAACAUUUGCAUUAAAGGAAAAUCCAAAGACUUCCUAAAGAUGCAGGGACCAUUUCUAAUAAUCUGAUGGAGGAUUGUACAUUAUCAGUAGUUUUCAUUUAGAUUUCUGUAUAUUUUGUUGCCUUUUAUUUGUUGAUUGCAGUUUUAUUUUUGUGUACAUAUUCAUGCAUACUGUACAUACUGUUUCAUCCCUCUUCUUUUGAUUUUGAUUAUUCUUUCUCUGUCUGACACAAACUCAAAACAGAAUAAAUACAGUGGUUCCAAAUGAUUAUGUGUUGUGAAAGAUGUUGCUUGCAAUAUUCUCUCCAUCUCUGCAGUUAGCAGCUAAUGCCACUGACACUGUGUAAUGUAGCUUUAUGCUAACCUUGUAAUGUCCAGUGGUUAGUAGCUAAAGCUAGCCUUGUAAUAUUCAGAGACGAGGAGGAGCUAAAGUGUUAUAAUUGUAAUGUCCAAAAAAUUAACAGCUCGUGCUAUAAUGUUAAGAGGUUAGCAUCUAAUGCUACCCCUAAAAUUUCCAGGAAUAGCAGCUAAUGCUAGCCUCAUAUGUCCAAACUUUAGAGCAUUAGCAGCUACUAUUAGCCUCAUAUAUAAAAACUCUAGAACUUUAGCAGCUAAUGCUAGCUUUAUAAUGACUAACUGUUGGUUGCGCUGCAUUACUUAGAUUCAUGCUAGCCUCGUACUCAUUGCUUCUUGUACUGAAGCUUUCUAACUGUAAUGUCCAAAAAUCUAGCAGCUUGUGCCAUAAUGUCAAAGGGUUAGCAGCUAAUGCUAGCCUUAUAAUGACUGAUUGUUGGUGGAGAAGCAUUACUUAGCUUCAUGUUAGCCUUAUAUUCCAUUAGUUAGCAGCUAAUGCCAACGGCAUGUAACUAAUGCUAGCCUUAUAAUGUCUAAUUAAUGUUGGUGGCACUGUUGUACUUAGCUUCUUACUAAGUAUUUCAACAAGGACUGAGCAGGAAAAUAAAUGAACAAACAGCUGAGGUCAAACUGAGCACCCCAAAAACCAAACAACUCUAAAUUCUGACCCAGUAAUAUCAAUAAUAUACAUGAUGAAUUUACCUUUUUUUAAUGUUUGAUCAGUUGUGGAUAUAAAA